AACUUCUGCCUGUGUGUCACAUGGACUCAUGGAAUAUUUGUAAGGGUUUGAAAGUUUGGUGGUUAUUCUUGUGGAACUACUAGUAGUAUAUGAAAUGAAAUGUCUUUCUCCGUGACCAAGUGCUAAUAACAGUACAUAAAAAAGUGUCCCUGAUAUCGCAACAUACCAGUAGAACAACUGUUCGGAGACACCGGCGUAAACCUUAUUUUUGCAACAGUUUUAACGCAAACUUGAAGGAGACUGGUAUAAGGAGGGACACAUGUAAACAAUUUCACAUCAAGAAUGAUUGAUCAAAAUAAAUUAAUUGAAACUUUUGUAUCUCUGGGGCUCAGUGAGCAGAAAGCAAAGGAAACAAUAAAGAAUGAAACAAUAACGCAAAACUUGAAACAAGCAGUUGAUGAAGCAGAGAAAUUGGGUGGUGUACCAGAUGAAAGUAAAAUGCUCCUCUACCAGCUAGCUAGUAAAAUUAAAAAACAAACUGCUCACCAUAUACCCAUGAUUGUGAAUUACAUUUACUCCAGAAAAAUUGAUUCGAAUGAGAGACUUGAUGCAGCAUUAGAGUAUUUACUGUCUCAUCUCAAAGAUGAAUUAAACCUGUCUUCCUUUGAAGAAGCCUGUGGCGUCGGUGUGGUCGUAACUCCAGAAGAAAUUGAAAAUUCAGUUGAAGAAAUCAUUGCUGCUCAUAAAAAUGAAUUAUUAGAAAAGAGGUAUCAGUUCAAUUUAGGAAUUAUUAUGCAAGAGGUGAGGAAACGCUUAAAAUGGGCUGACGGAAAAGCACUUAGAAAUGAAGUGGACAUUCAGAUUUUAGAUUUAUUAGGCCCUAAAACAGAAGCUGACUUGUUAAGCCACAAUAAAUCAGAUAAGAAAGUUAAAAGCGCAAAAAAGGGAAGCAAUUUGGUGAAGAUGAAAGAAAUUGAGAAGACUGCUGAUGCAAAAAAUGAAAUUGAAAGUGCUUCUAUAGGAGAUAUUAUGAAAAAAUUAAAUUUCCACAAACCUGGAGAAAAUUACAAAACAGAAGGCUAUGUCAUUACACCAAACACUUUCAACAUUCUCAAAGAUCAUCUGAAGGUUACCGGUGGACAAGUGAGGACAAGGUUUCCACCAGAGCCUAAUGGAAUUUUACAUAUUGGUCACGCAAAAGCUAUCAACAUUAAUUUUGGUUAUGCUGCAGCUCACGAGGGUGUUUGCUUCUUGCGAUAUGACGACACAAAUCCAGAAAAGGAAGAGGAGAAAUUCUUUGUGGGCAUCAGAGAAAUGGUGAACUGGCUAGGAUACAAGCCAUUUCAGAUUACUCAUUCGUCCGAUUACUUUGAUCAGUUAUACAAGUGGGCAAUAGAACUUAUAAAAAAGGAUUUAGCAUAUGUUUGUCACCAGAGUUCAGAUGAGAUCAAAGGCAUUAACGCCCCACUUUCUCCGUGGAGAAAUCGGCCAGUUGAAGAAAGUCUUAAACUGUUUGAGGAUAUGCGUAAAGGAAAAAUAGAUGAGGGCAAAGCGACACUUAGAAUGAAAGUGACAUUGGAAGAAGGGAAACAAGACCCAGUCGCAUACAGAAUUAAGUUUUUGCCUCACCAUAGAACAGGAGACAAAUGGUGCAUAUAUCCGACAUACGACUACACUCACUGUUUAUGCGACUCUAUCGAAAACAUAACUCAUUCUUUAUGUACAAAAGAAUUUCAGAAUCGCCGUUCCUCGUAUUACUGGCUUUGCAAUGCGCUGGACAUUUACUGCCCUGUGCAGUGGGAAUACGGACGCUUGAAUCUGAAUUACACCGUAGUAUCCAAACGUAAAAUUGCAAAGCUAAUUGAGGAGGGUAUUGUAAACGAUUGGGACGAUCCACGUCUCUUUACUUUAACUGCACUGAGAAGACGAGGGUUCCCACCGGAAGCUAUAAACAAUUUUUGUGCUCAGGUAGGAGUUACAGGUGCGACAUCUGUAGUCGAUCCUCAGAUGCUCGAGGCAUGUGUCAGAGAUUCUUUAAAUACUACUGCUCCACGAGCUAUGGUAGUUCUGGAACCGUUGAAAGUGAAGAUCCUCAACUUUCCAUAUUCUGAGAGUACUCAAGUUACAGUUCCCAAUUUCCCCAGUGAACCAGACCGAGGAAGCCAUUUUGUUCCAUUUGAUAAGGAAGUGUUUAUUGAGAGAAGUGACUACAGAGAAGAGGACGAGAAAGGAUACAGAAGACUGACAAAUUCUCAACCGGUCGGCCUGCGACAUGCCGGUUACGUUAUUUCUGUGGUAAGGGCCAUUAAAAAUAGUGUCGGCAAUGUAACUGAAUUGGAAGUACAGUGUCAACCUUCGACAGAAUUUAAACCGAAGGCGUUUAUUCAUUGGGUGUCGCAUCAUAUUCCUGUGCAAGUUCGUUUGUAUGACAUGCUGUUUAAACAUAAAAAUCCAGAAGACCCCAAUGAGGUGCCAGGAGGGUUCCUAUCGGACUGUAACAAAGAUUCGCUGAAGAUACUGAAUGCAUAUGCAGAUGUUUCUGUGUCAAAAGCUAGAGUUUUUGACAAAUUCCAGUUUGAGAGAUUGGGUUUCUUUUCUGUUGACCCAGAUACAAAAGAUGGUUCUUUAGUUUUUAAUAGGACUGUUAGUUUAAAGGAGGAUGCUAAUAAAUCAUAGGUACCAUUCAUCUAAAUUCAAUAAUCUUGAUGUGUUUGCAGAGUCAGUUGAAGAAGAAAUAGUGACUGUACGGUACAGAGUGGGAGGUCUUUCGGGUGGAAGCAGUAUGACAGAUACGUGGAAUGUGCGAGUGUUUACCCUUGAGUGGAGCCUCUGUCAAGCAUAACUGGUGUGAAUGUAUUUUUGUGAAUGCAUGCUGGAGAGGUUAGAGAUGUGGCCUGUUUGAGGAGAGGUGAGCUGACGUAUAGCUCCAUGGAAGAGUGGUAGAAUGAAAAGCCAGCAUAACAGAAUUGUUAGAUCAAUUAAGACAAAACCAGAAACUUCCUGUAAUCCGAAAGAUUUCAGAAAAGGAGGAGGUAAGUUUCUUUGUCCUGUGGCUGCCUUUUGAGGACUUCACAAUGGGUGUUGUGAAUUCCUCCAAAAAUGGGAGCUGGAGAAAAGAUAGCCAAUUGUGGUGAAUGAAAUUGAUCAGCAAACCCUUGACGUGUGAUCCAUAUUGGUCCUGAUCUGUUAUUACCUUUCCAUAUCUCAAGGUCUUUAAAUCAUUCACCCUUACCUUCUUUUCUGUGAUCUUCUGUAUUAAUUACAGUUGCAUAUUUUAACUGACCUACCAGUUCCACUUAAUUUUCUUUUGGUUCCACGCCGCUUCUCCAGAGUUCAUAAGUCACCUAUCCCGUCCCCUCCCCUCCCCUCCCCUCCCCUCAAACAGGCUGCAGCCGUAACCCCUCCAGCAGGCAUGUUGAGUCCACUACAGUAUAACUUGCGGCAGUAUGGCACACGGCACUGGACACAACAGUUAUGCUUGACAAACGCUCCCGAAGAUCCGCCCAAGACCAUACCAGUUUCGCACUCACUUAGUCCCACGUAUCUGUCAUACUGCUUCCACCCGGAAGAACUUGCAUUCCGUACCAUAAAGUCAAUCCAAACACAGGUCUGCUGCAGUCACUUGGCUUAGUCCACAUAUCAGCUUGGCAAUGCUGUUGAACAAUGGCGCCAACCCUUUGGGGCACAGUAAAAUCGCUCAGGCUUGGAACUGAUUAUUUUUGAUGAAGUGGUCUGACAUACGUACUGAAAUAAUGGAGCAGGUGAUGUUUAGAACAAGUAAUAAAGCACUGAAAAUGAAUUCUUAAAUGACUUGUAAUAAAAGACUAGCAUUGACAUAGCAGCUACUGAUGACGACGGCGACACACUCACUCACAAGUGUGUUCAAAUUCAUACCUUGUAGAAAUAUAAAAAAUAUUUAUUUGGGUUGCCUCGUGGCAUAAACUGCUUGAGAAAUUAAGCACCAGUGACUGGGUGUGUCAUCUGUUGAUCGUAUAUGAAAGUGGAUUUUUAUGCAAAAGCACCUUCUCGUCUGUUAAAUAAAAAAUGGUUGUUAUUUAGAACAAUUAUUACAUAAAAUAAACAAUUUCUUGUAUGGUUUUUGUCAAGAGUGAAAAUGUUUUUAUAGAAACUAAAAUUCCAUUAUUCUUGAAAUUAACUGGAAAGUUAUGGAUGCAAUAACUUUUGUAGGUGUGUCACUUAUGAAUGAAGCAAUAAAAAUCAGGCAAAAUUAAAAUAAUAUAAACUUGACAUGCAUUCAGUUUUAUACUUUGCUUUUGGUAAAUUUUAUCAAUUAUAUAUAUCUCUCUCUCUCUCUCUCUCUCUGUGUGUGUGUGUGUGUGUGUGUGUGUGUGUGUGUGUGUGUGUGUGUGUGUGUGUGUGUGUUUCCCAGAAAACCAUGAUCAUUAUUUAUAAUGCCCCAGAAGUGUGAUGUAAUUUAUUUGUAAUUGUUGUCUAAUUAACAUACUGAAAUAUAUUUUUAAUAUGUGAAAUUAAAAGAUUGUAAAAGAAAACUGCCUUUGUUUUUCUAUGUGGUAGAAUUUUCUAGUCAAUGUUAAAUUUUUCUUCGCAUAAAAAAGCACUUAUAGUUGUUAUUAAGGAUGGCAAAUGCAGGCACUUAGUUCGAGAAUAUAAUCAAAUACUAUAUCACAGUUCUGUGAAACAGUCUUGCUCCGUGGGGCAACAAACUCGACAGCAAACAAAUAUCUGAUGAAUCAUAGUGAGUAAUAUGUUUUGUCUAAAACACUAAUCAUCAUAGGAGAGAAAACUGUUAUUACAUUUUAGCUUGACUCAGAUUAUGAUAAUACAAAAGAUCCAUACUGAGUUGUGUGAAUGCCUCUGCAGUUUGAACAAUAUUAUGAAUGUCUUAAGUCCAGUCUGCUGCUUCUUAUUUUCAUGCCAUACAAAAUUUAAGAAUGAAACCCUCUGCACUUUGGAAGGCAAAAGGAGUAUCUGUUUAGGAAAAUAAAGCAGCAAAAUUGAAAUGACAGUUGCUGAAAUGUCAAUGCUGGCACUGUGCAAUUGUGUUAGAGCAUACUGUUGCUUGGCAAGAGAAAACUGAAGACCUUGGCGUGUUUCAUGGAUUUCCUUGGAAAUGAUGUUUUUGUUAGGAGCUGCAUUUUCAGUGUAUACUGUUUGUCUUAUACUUAACAGAGGAACAGAGAAACACACAAUCACACUUUGAAAGAUUAAAGUUUGUUGUAAAUUUUUUAGCAGCA